GCAUUGGUUCGGCAAACAAGAACUUAAAGAGGUAGAAAACAUCAUGUUGCUCCUAUCACAAGCACCGAAUGGAGGAAGUCUAUCAACCAGAAGAUACACAAUCUCUUCUCAUCCUCAAUUCCCCAAACCAAACCCACCCCUCUUCUCUAGAAAACACAAAUUCACAUCUAAAACUCACUCAAACAAACCCUUUAAUCUUAUAGUAGCAAAUGCAGAAGCAAAGAGUGAUUCACCUUCUUCUUCUGCAACUACAAAACAACCUCUAAACCCUUCUCCCUCUCCUCCUCCUCCUCCUCCUUUCAAUGAAACUGUUCGUGUAGGUGAAGAAAGUGUUCCUUUAGAAGGAGUUAUUCAGUUUGAUAAACCUAGUUCAUCUUUGCAAAUCAACAAAUGGGGCCGUAUUGCUCUUCUUUCUGGUGGGGAUGUAUUAGCGCUGCUUUUGUUCUCUGCUAUUGGAAGAUUCAGCCAUGGGUUUCCUGUUUUUGACAUUGAGACUCUCCGCACAGCUGACCCUUUCAUUGCUGGAUGGUUUUUAAGUGCUUAUUUCCUUGGAGGUUAUGGGGAGGAUGGAAGAGGAGUGAAUGGUUUCUCAAAAGCACUUACUGCAGCUACCAAAUCAUGGGCCAUGGGAAUUCCGUUAGGGAUUGUUAUUAGGAGUACAUCAGCAGGCCAUAUUCCAAAAGUGAGCUUUAUGCUAGUUACCAUGGCAAGCACUGCAGUUUUUCUGAUCGGGUGGAGAGCACUAUUACUAAAAGUCCUCCCCAACGAUAAGAAGAAGAAAGAUGAUACGUACAGGAGCGGGAGUGCAUUUGAACUCUUUGAGUUACUCACAUCAUUAGUAAGGAGGUGGUGAUCUGAUGCAUUCUGAAACGUAUUUACCCAUCAUUUCGGCUGUUAUUAUCUAAUGUGAUCCUGGAACUGUAAUAUUGAAGUUUCUUUUAUCUUCAAUAUAAACAUUCAACAGCUACAACUAAUACCAGUUUUCUCCUUGUAUGAUAACUUUAUCUCUUCUGUAAACACCUCUGCAAGUUUUUUGCCCAAUUGGGUAGCGUCGUGGGUUUUAGAGAAAAAGGCUUAGGGCACAACUUCUUCUAAUCAAUAACUUUUAGAUAUUCAUCCAUAAUUUCAAAAAAAUUUAUAAAACUGGGAUGGGAAGAUAUCAUCCUAUUAUUGUCAGCUCACACAAUGAUAAUGUAGUUCAACAACAUUUUCGUUUUCCCUGUA